GGUGAUAUAUGUCAGAUUCCAGAUAGAAAACUCCAGUCUUGACAGUCUUCUUGGCUUGGCACUGAGGAAGAACUAUGGCGGCAGCUAAAGGUGCAUGCCUUAAUCACGUAUCGAGGGAAUCAUCAGAUAUCAACCGCCUCGCUAAAUUUUAUCAGGAGAUUUUUGGGUUUGAGCAGAUUGAGAGCCCUAAAUUGGAAUUCCAGGUCAUUUGGCUCAAACUCUCGUCUAUCUACAUCCACCUCAUCGAGAGGGACCCCCAGACCAAGCUUCCCGAAGGACCCUGGACUGCCACCUCACCUGUUGCAGACCCUAAGAAUCUACCCAGAGGUCACCAUAUCUGCUUCUCCGUCUCCAAUUUUGACUCUUUUCUUCAAACCCUCAAGGAGAAGGGAAUUGAGACGCAUGUGAAGACUCAAGCAGAUGGAAAGACCAAGCAAGCAUUCUUCUUUGAUCCAGACGGUAAUGGAUUGGAGGUUGCUAGCCGUGAAGACUGAAGCUCCGGAAGAAUAAAUUUGGGCUGUUCUACAUGUAAGUAGGACAUAUAGAUGUGUAUGUGGUCGAAUAAAAGGCAAUAAACACCAAGAGACCGUAAAUUUGGAUGACAAAACUAACUUCGAUGACUUUGCGUGUGCAAUCUAGUUUAUGUUUAUGUCAUU